AGGGUGAGUUGAGGGAAAGACGGAGCCACCCUGUCAAUCAUAAUUAAGGAACCAUGGGAGUAAACUGCUAGGGAAGCACGGCGGAACCACUGUGUUUACGGUGAAGAUUGUUUUAAUUUGCGCAGAAACAACAACUAUGCACCGGUACACUGUGGGACGGUUUUUACCUGAUUUCGCCAACUGGGAAUCUUUCCACUUUGACGGGAAUUAGCAUGAAGCGUUGCAUAUAACAACAAAAGUUAGCUACUUUCAGUUGCCUUCGUCUGUUUUUGUCCCCAAGGCGUUCCAGUUUGAACAAAAUACACAAGUCAACGUUUAUAUUUGUACAAAAGGCGGUGCCGUCGAGGUUUACAUGAACUCCAAGCUCGGGAUAUACCCGUUUAUUUGACUACAACUCGUGGAAAAUCUGGUCUGUGCAUUUCAGACAACUGCCUUGUCGUCUUUUGCCAACGUGUUCAUUUUUCAGAUUCAAAAAGAAGACAUUCCCUAAAGGAAACGCAGCCAAACAGAAAUCUGCGCUCAAACUCCAGGGAGAGCAAGAAAGAAGCAGAUAUGAGUGGGGGAGAUGUGGUGUGCUCAGGGUGGCUGAGAAAGUCUCCUCCUGAAAAAAAGUUGAGACGUUACGCAUGGAAGAAGCGGUGGUUUGUUCUUCGCAGUGGCCGUUUGACAGGCGACCCAGACGUGUUGGAGUACUACAAGAAUGACCAUGCCAAGAAGCCCAUCCGCGUGAUCGAUCUCAACUUGUGUGAGCAGGUGGACGCCGGGCUGACUUUCAACAAGAAGGACUUGGAGCACAGCUUCAUAUUCGACAUUAAGACCAUUGACCGUGUCUUCUACCUGGUGGCUGACACCGAAGAGGAGAUGAAUAAGUGGGUUCGAUGUGUUUGCGACAUCUGCGGUUUUAACCCCACAGAUGAUGAAGCAGCAAAAGCUGCUCACCAGGCGGUCAUUGGAGGCCUGGUGGUGGAUACCCCCCCUCACCCAGCACUGGGUAAUAUUGUCGGCCCAGCAGCAAUGCUGACCAAUGUCCCCCCUCCAUAUCAGCCUGUCAGUGUGCGACACCUAGACUCACAGUCCAGCACAGAGGAGCCCCAGGAUUACCUGUGGCUGGUCAACUGUGAGAGUAAAAAGCCAGAGCCCAACAGCUCAGUGCAGCUUCACUCUCCAUUGGAGGGAGACCAAGAGUAUUUGCUCCUGGAGGAGUGUGAGAGCAAGACUCUUCCUCCACAGGCUAGUCUAGCCCAUGCUGAGUGUUCAAAGUCUACCUCUUCAGAGACAGACCUGAAUGACAACGUCCCCUCUCACCGCACACCCACCUCCUCCACCUCCUCUGCUAAACACACCUCGCACAAUGGCUUCUUCCCACAGCACCCGGCCCCAGCCUCCGCCUCUUCCAUCUACGACUCGCCUCCAUCACGCGGUGCCUCGCUCUCAACAGACAGUGGCCUUUACCACCUCCCCCGCAGCUAUUCCCAGGACACUGUGCUGCUCCCAAAGUCUGCCUCCUCCCCUUCGGCCAAUCCGGACUGCGGGGAAGGCUCCGAGCUCUAUGUCUUUAACACUCCGUCGCGGAAGCCCUCAAUGGAGUCACAAAUACGCAACCUUUCCAUCAGUUACGAUAUCCCGCCUACGCCUGGUGCGAACUGUACCUACCAGGUGCCCCGCACUUUGUCAGUGUCCACGGGUGUUGGAGGCUCAGAGGGAGGGGGAGAUGUAGUACCCCCUCCAAGACCACCUAAGCCUUCGCUCAGUUCAUCCUCAGGACCCCCACCUCCCCCUGCUGAGCGCUCACCUACGGACACCUAUCAUGUGCCACGCUCAGCCUCAGAGACUGACGGAAACUACUGUGUACCUACUAGUGCCGGGAAUAAGGCUUUACGAAGCAACACUAUCGGCACUGUGGACUGUUCACGCCUACGCAAAGAUUUUGGAUCCCAGGACUGCUAUGACAUUCCUAGAUCAUUCCCCUCUGACAAAAGCUGCUCUUUCGACUUCAAUGAAAGUUUCAACAGCUACUUUAAAAACAAAGGAAUGAUGCCAGUGGGAAGCCAGUCUACAGAGGAGGUUGACCAGAACUACGUACCCAUGAGCGCCAACUCUCCCUCACACCAUCACUCAGGCAGUUUGUCAGAGCCGAUACACGAACCCAACUAUGUGCCCAUGACCCCAGGCACCAUGGAGUUCUCGUCCCUUGGAAAGCAGGUCCCCCCUCCUGCCCAUAUGGGCUUUCGCUCCAGCCCGAAGACCCCACCUCGCAGGCCAAUGCUCAGUGACUGCCAGCCCCCACCUGUGGAUCGAAACCUCAAACCUGAUCGCAAAGGUCAGAGUCCUAAAAUAAUAAGAGCAAAAGGUGUUGGUUUAGAGCGAACCGACUCUCAAACCGUAGGUGAAUUCCCGAGGGGACGACGCAAGGCAAAACCCGCCCCAUUGGAGAUCAAACCACUGCCUGAAUGGGAGGAGCCCUGUACGCCUAUCCGCUCGCCUGUCACACGGUCAUUCGCUCGCGAUCUCUCUAGGUUUCCAAUGCCAUCAAGACCCCUGUCAGUGCAUAGUACGGCCUCCAGCACUGACUCCGAAGACUGUGAUGAGAAUUAUGUAGCCAUGGUCUCUAAUAUGUCCACAGAUGAACCAAACAUGAAGCUUGGUGCGCCCAUGACUGGGGAUGGUGGGAGCAGCCCAAUGGUGAAGCCGAAGGGAGACAAACAGGUGGAGUACCUGGAUUUGGAUCUUGAUUCUGGCAAGUCUACCCCACCUCGGAAGAUGAAAAGCAAUGGAACUGGCAUGGCAGCAUCAGAUGAGCGUGUUGACUACGUGGUUGUGGACCAGCAACGGACACAAGCCCUUAAGAGCACCCGGGAGGCCUGGAACGAUGGCCGCCAAUCCACAGAGACAGACACCCCUUCCAAAGGAUCCAAGUGACCAUCGUCCUAAAUGCCAGCCCAGCCACCAAACCCCCAAACCACUUGGCCUUUCACAAUACUGCAGGCUGUGGUUUGUGCUUAAUGAUGGCCCAGCUGCCAUGUUCCACCUCUGCAAGAUCCUUAGUAUGUAAGGGCCAGUGGUGCUUUAUAGCCAAUCAACUGUGUUUAGUCUACACUGCUGUCGGGCAUAUGACAGCUCUUUUUCCUGCAGUUGUAGGACGGGGGUGUGAGCCAGGAAUAAGCUGAUUGUAGGUGGAAUGACUGGAUAUGUCAAUGGAGUAUGACUAAAGCCGACUUUGAACAUUCACUGCCUCCUAUUUCGGAUUUAAGUUUUCCUAUUCUGUUGUUCACCUUUCAAUGGCCGAUUGGCUGAUCCAGAUUUUAACAUUUCCUUAAAUUAUAAUGCUGUUUAUGUUGUUUUGGUGUGUACGUUAAAUCACUUGGUAACAUGAUCAGGAUACUAUAUCAAUGCAACAUUCUGCUAGUUAGCAUAUCUGGUUAACAUUUGGGAAUUUUCAGUUUCUGCUGUUUGUACAGGGGGAUGUUUCCAUGGGCAGUGUUAUUUGGUCAAAUUUAUUAAACCAUUAACCAUUUCUUCACAAAGUUAUAGUGGAAUGCUUAAUUGACCUCGGUCUGUGUCCUAGGCUCACUUCAACCCUGAUCCCGAAGAUAACCCAGUAUGACAGCGUUUUAUAAUUUCUUUCUUCCAAUGCAAAGGCAGUAGAACUUGUUAAUUUCAUGUAUAACCAAGUGCUUUAUUUAAGCUUUGGAUUCACUCAAGGUUUAAUCCACUGAACAUGAUUUGAUGUCCAUUUACUUAGUAUGUGGAGAUGCUCCAAUCUGUUAUAAUGGAAGUGCAAAGACUGUACAAAAGUAUUAUGUAUAUAAACAGGAAAAGUGACCUUUAUUUGUAUGGAAUAUCCAGUGUGUUUGACUCGAAGAUAUGUGGAUUCUGCAGGGUAGAAUUCUGUGCCUGUCUGUGGUGGUAUCAGGUCUUGUGAUUAUGAAUGAAUUACUGUGAGUUUUAAAAAGAACGUUACAGGUUUUCUAUAAGUUAUGCAAAGGUAUCAAACUUAGACUAGAGAGAGAAAAAAUCAGGUACUCUUUAAAGAUGCAAACUAACACAACUAUCCAUUUCUAGUUUUUUCUUAAGUUAUUUCAUAAGGUGGAUUUCCUGUCCACUUUUAGCUCAGUAUUCUUGAUUCAUAUGGAGGAACAUUUGCUAAACUCAGAAUGCGUAGUUUGACAAGCGACGGUCAAUUAGUUUCACAAGUUCAUUGAUAGUCCUCAUAUCUCUCUCCUCUUGGUUUAAUUUAUUUCAAAUUUAAGUGGCAUACAGUUUUGGGAAAUUGACUGCCUCAUUUAGAAAACUUGAUACAUCUUUUAUAUACAGUGAAAAAGGCCUUAUGUCUGCAAAGAUCUCUGCUUUACUAACCUGUGAACUGUCACUCAGACAUCCCGCGCAUGUGCUACCACAAGGUAAAAUCAUUGCUGUACAUAUUUUGCCAUCAAAAAGAUUAACAUGUAUCAUUUGAAAAUGUGCCUAUUGAGUCAUCUUCAUUCUACUUCACUCUUUCCUUUUUGCAGUCUCUUUGUGAUAUGAUCUGCAAAGCUGAUGACGCUUUACCUUUUUUUAAUGAAUCUUGACAGAAAAUGUAAAUUUUAAAAGUGGACUAAAUAAAAUCCAACCUCUUAUGCA